CCCCCCACCCCCCCCCCCCCCCACCCCCCCCCCCCCCCACCCCCCCCCCCCCCCACCCCCCCCCCCCCCCACCCCCCCCCCCCCCCACCCCCCCCCCCCCCCACCCCCCCCCCCCCCCACCCCCCCCCCCCCCCACCCCCCCCCCCCCCCCCCCCACCCCCCCCCCCCCCCACCCCCCCCCCCCCCCACCCCCCCCCCCCCCCACCCCCCCCCCCCCCCACCCCCCCCCCCCCCCACCCCCCCCCCCCCCCACCCCCCCCCCCCCCCACCCCCCCCCCCCCCCACCCCCCCCCCCCCCCACCCCCCCCCCCCCCCACCCCCCCCCCCCCCCACCCCCCCCCCCCCCCACCCCCCCCCCCCCCCACCCCCCCCCCCCCCCACCCCCCCCCCCCCCCACCCCCCCCCCCCCCCACCCCCCCCCCCCCCCACCCCCCCCCCCCCCCACCCCCCCCCCCCCCCACCCCCCCCCCCCCCCACCCCCCCCCCCCCCCACCCCCCCCCCCCCCCACCCCCCCCCCCCCCCACCCCCCCCCCCCCCCACCCCCCCCCCCCCCCACCCCCCCCCCCCCCCACCCCCCCCCCCCCCCACCCCCCCCCCCCCCCACCCCCCCCCCCCCCCACCCCCCCCCCCCCCCACCCCCCCCCCCCCCCACCCCCCCCCCCCCCCACCCCCCCCCCCCCCCACCCCCCCCCCCCCCCACCCCCCCCCCCCCCCACCCCCCCCCCCCCCCACCCCCCCCCCCCCCCACCCCCCCCCCCCCCCACCCCCCCCCCCCCCCACCCCCCCCCCCCCCCACCCCCCCCCCCCCCCACCCCCCCCCCCCCCCACCCCCCCCCCCCCCCACCCCCCCCCCCCCCCACCCCCCCCCCCCCCCACCCCCCCCCCCCCCCACCCCCCCCCCCCCCCACCCCCCCCCCCCCCCACCCCCCCCCCCCCCCACCCCCCCCCCCCCCCACCCCCCCCCCCCCCCACCCCCCCCCCCCCCCACCCCCCCCCCCCCCCACCCCCCCCCCCCCCCACCCCCCCCCCCCCCCACCCCCCCCCCCCCCCACCCCCCCCCCCCCCCACCCCCCCCCCCCCCCACCCCCCCCCCCCCCCACCCCCCCCCCCCCCCACCCCCCCCCCCCCCCACCCCCCCCCCCCCCCACCCCCCCCCCCCCCCACCCCCCACCAAUCUAUCUAUCUAUCUAUCUAUCUAU